GAAGAUGCUCCAUUGAUUGAACGUUUUCCCUUCAUGCUUUUCGACCGAAGACGAAAUUCGGAGAGGAUUACAAAACGCUACCUUUCUUCUCGAUCUGAACCAUUCGUUGUCCUCCCCUUCUUUCUGCAAUUUCCCUCAUCUUUGUUUUUUUUCCUUUUGUUUUGGUUGUGUCGAUAAGAGGGAAAAAGGAAUCGUUGGAAGGUUUUCUGGAGCGCCAUGGGUCAAGCUUUUCGGAAGCUUUUCGACACCUUCUUCGGCAAUUCUGAGAUGAGGGUUGUUAUGCUGGGGCUGGAUGCAGCUGGCAAAACAACGAUACUGUACAAGCUGCACAUUGGAGAAGUUUUGUCAACAGUUCCCACGAUCGGUUUUAACGUUGAGAAAGUUCAAUACAAGAAUGUGAUGUUCACAGUUUGGGAUGUUGGUGGCCAAGAGAAACUGAGGCCCCUUUGGAGGCAUUACUUCAAUAAUACCGAUGGACUUAUAUAUGUAGUUGACUCCCUGGACCGAGAGAGGAUUGGGAAAGCGAAGCAAGAAUUCCAGACGAUCAUAAAAGACCCGUUCAUGCUCAACAGUGUCAUUCUGGUAUUCGCGAACAAGCAGGACAUGAAAGGUGCAAUGACACCAAGGGAAGUAUGUGAAGGGCUAGGCUUGUUUGAUCUCAAGAACAGGAAAUGGCAGAUACAAGGAACAUGUGCUCUUCGUGGGGACGGCCUUUACGAGGGUUUGGACUGGCUGGCCUCGACCCUCAAGGAGGUUAAAGCCGCUGGAUUCUCAUCGGUUGGGCCCUCUUUUUGAUUUUUCCAGGUAUUAUGACAAUGAAGAGAAAGAGACAUCUUUUUGCUGCUUCAGUAUGGUAAACAAAUGGAGAUGUCUGAAUUUUUGUCAUGGGUUGGUGCUGGUGGUGGUACCUCUUAUGCUGUUUCUGAAAGCUAAUCUAGUAGAGAGUUUCAGUAGAGCUUCUACAAAGGAGACAUGGGAAUUCUUGUAUAUUAUGUCGGCCGAAAAAAAAAGAGAAAAAAGAAAAAUGAUGGGUGAAAAUGUGUUAUGACCUCCUGGGAAUUCUGUGUAUGAAUGAACGCUGUCUGGAAAUUGUCCAUUUGGGGAUCAUCUGCAUACUCUUUUGAAGCGUUGACAGAUCCUAUCUA